CUGUCGAGAAGCUGGAGUGACAAUAUGUUUGCUUCUCCGAAUAAUUGUUGAUUCACAUUCAACAUUACCAAAAGGUUAUGAAGAAAUUGGAGCCACCAAAGACAUCAAAACCCGCAGAUGGGGUCGAUUUGAUCAGUGACAUGCCGGAUGCUAUUCUUCUUUUGAUUCUUUCACGUCUUCCAUCCACUGAAGAAGCAAUUCGAAGCAGCAUUUUGUCCAGACGAUGGAGGAAUUUGUGGACCGCAAUUCCUUCUCUAGACUUACACGACGGAGAAAAAAGCCAAUUUAAAGAGUUUGUGUAUUGGGUUUUAGUAAAGAGAUCCGUCGAUUUAGAUUGUUUUCGUUUGUCUAGUUCGCAUCUCUACAGUAUGUCGACAGUAGGGCGGUGGAUUAAUGCUGCCGUUACGAGAAAUGUCAAACAACUUGAAUUGACGUUUUACCCUAAAAAUAAUGAAUAUAUACAGAUUCCCCAUUGUCUUGUGACUUGUGGUUCCUUGGAGGUAUUAAAGUUGAAUUCAAAUGUAUGUGGUCUAAGGUUGCCAAAAACAAUGGGGUUUCCGUCACUUAGGGUUCUUGAUUUGGCGUUUGUUGAUUUAUUGGAGGACGCCGAUUUGGUUAAAAAUUUUCUCAAAAAUUGCCCAUUGCUUGAGGAUCUGAGUUUGUCAGAAUGCUUGAUAUUCAAAUUCGAUCUUCUUUGUAUUUCUUGUCAGAAGCUCAAGAAGCUUACCAUUAUUAACUUCUACGUUGGUAAGUAUGAUGGUGUCCUUUGUGGUGGCAUUAAGAUUUCUUGCCCAAAACUGGUUGAUUUGGAGUUAAGAGGUUAUAUAGGCCAUAAUUGUUUCUUUGAAUGUCUAGACUCCUUAAAGAAAGCUUUGAUUGUGCCUAAAUUGGAGGGGAACAACAAAUGUGUGUUGUUUCCUGGAAUUUCUAGUGUGGAAUCUUUGUGGAUUGACCCUUACUUUUUCAUUGAGUGCAUUAAUACUGCUGCAUGUGAUCCGGUUCUACCUAACCUGAAGACUUUGGUGCUAAGCACAACUAUGGAUGCCUUCACCUUCGAUAACUUCAACCAAAUUCUCAAAUAUUAUCCCAAACUGGAGUCUCUCAAGUUGGUCAUUCAACAGGCUUUUCGUGGGAGUGAUGGGACCGAAUACGGGUGGUUAGAUGAAGAUGAAACAUGGAGUAUCUUGAGUAAUGAUGUGAAAAGGGUCGAGUUUUUCGAAUUCAAUGGAGAAAAACCAAAAGUAGUUACAGAGUGGUUUGAAGAUAUAUUGGAUAUUUUUUUCAGUUGGGGUAAUGAAGCAAGGUUCUCUAAUUGCUAUUGGUGACUGUGAAGACUGUCAUAGUGAUUACUUUGUCUCAUGUGGAUGCUUUUCAUAUUUGAAUUUUUGCUUCAUGUUGGUUCUUUUUUAACUAUAACUAGAAAAUACUUGUUUAAUUAGUUCUAUUGUUUUGUUCGUAUUCUGCUAUAAAAACUACAACAUGAAGGUAGGGGUGUAAACGAGCCGAGCCAAGCCCGAGCCUAACCAAGCUCGAGCUCGGCUCGUUUAAUUUUGAAGAAGCUCGAGCUCGAUUCGAGCCUUAAAAUGAAGCUCGAGCUCGGCUCGUGAACAAUUUAGUGAGCUCGCGAGCCUAA